CAAAAGUAAUGAGAAAAACAUUUAUUUUUAAUGUCUAUUCGAAUGAUUCAAGAAAUACAUCUAAGACGGUCCUGUUGUUCAAUGCUGCCACCUCACCCUUGCUAUAGCCUAAGAUAACUAUGUACUUGACAGGUAGCUUGACUUUGACAACUUGUUAUAACCUAACAUAACCCUUAUGUUUUUUGGCUUCGUUGCAUGAUGCAAAUCUAAUUUGAAUGUUGCAAACGUGGUGCAAUAAAGCAUAACAGAUUCCAAGUUCAAAUAUUGCAUUUAAAGUGUGGCAUUUAUUGUGUUGGUAGAUUUUAUAUAUUGUUUACACGUUUAGAUCCGGUAGAAAACGCCUCAUUAUUCAGGAGAAAGUUUUUUCAGGUUUGCUUACGUUAAACAAAAAUGGUGCUAGAUUUGGAUUCAUUCCGAAAGGAUAAGGGUGGAGAUCCUGAAAAAAUAAAGGAAAAUCAGAGAAAAAGGUUUAAAGAUGUGAAACUUGUUGAAAACGUAAUAGAAAAAGAUGAAUAUUGGAGACAGCUAAGACAUAAAGCUGACCAAUGGAACAAGCUAAAAAAUAUAUGUAGCAAAGCUAUAGGAGAGAAAAUGAAGAAGAAACAAUCUCAAGGAGAUCCUGAUGAAGAACUCCCAAGUGAUAUCACACAAAACUUAGAUACACUAACUGUGGAAAUCUUACAAGCACUUACUGUAAAUCAAAUCAAGAAGGUUCGUACAUUGAUUGAUGCUGCUAUAGUCAAGAACGAAGCAGAACUACAAACAACUGAAAAGGAACGUAAUGAGGCACUAAGAGAAGUUGGUAAUCAUUUACAUGAAUCUGUGCCUGUCGAUGAUGACGAAGAUAACAAUAAGGUAGAAAGGACAUUUGGAGAUUGUCAAGCAAAAAAAAAAUACUCUCAUGUGGACCUGAUCCAUAUGAUAGAUGGAAUGGAUGGAGAACGUGGCACAACUGUCUCAGGAGGCAGAGGUUACUAUUUGACUGGACCCGCAGUUUUCUUAGAGCAAGCUCUUAUCCAGUUAUCUCUAAGAAUCUUGCAUAAGAAAGGGUAUAAACCUCUUUAUACACCUUUCUUCAUGAGAAAAGAGAUUAUGCAAGAAGUGGCGCAACUAUCUCAGUUUGAUGAGGAGCUCUACAAAGUCAUAGGCAAAGGCAGUGAAAAGGCUGAAGAUAGAGAAGUAGAGGAAAAGUACUUGAUAGCUACUUCUGAGCAACCAAUUGCUGCAUUCCAUCGUGAUGAGUGGCUCCCUGAGAACUCCUUGCCUAUAAGAUAUGCUGGUUUCUCAACCUGUUUCAGGCAAGAAGUGGGCUCACAUGGAAGAGAUACAAGGGGCAUUUUUAGAGUACAUCAAUUUGAAAAGGUGUUUUAUAUAAUCCACUGUAGAUCACUUGAGUUAUUGUAAAAUGCAUAGUCAGUCUUGUAACUACUCACUCAAAAUAAUUCUCUUGUACUUCAAAUUUUUAAGCUGAAAAAAGUUUCUGGAUUCCUUUCCACAUUUUACUUAUUACAUCCAUAGAUCUGUUUGGCAUUUUUACUUCUAGGUAGAACAGUUCUGUAUAACUUCACCUUUUGACAACAAAUCAUGGGAAAUGAUGGAUGAAAUGAUUGGGAAUGCAGAAGAGUUCUGCCAAGCCUUGGGAAUUCCAUAUAGAAUCGUGAAUAUUGUUUCCGGAGCUUUAAAUAAUGCAGCUGCGAAGAAACUUGACCUUGAAGCAUGGUUUCCCGGAUCAGGUGCAUUUAGAGAACUGGUAUCUUGCAGCAACUGUUUGGAAUACCAAGCUAGACGUCUUUUAGUUAGGUAUGGCCAGACAAAGAAAAUGAACACUGCAACAGACUAUGUGCAUAUGUUAAAUGCCACCAUGUGUGCAGCAACUAGAGUGAUUUGUGCGAUCUUGGAAAAUAACCAAACUGAAACAAGCAUUAAGGUACCAGAAGCUUUGAAACUCUUCAUGCCAGAAGAAUACCAACAUGAAAUUCCAUUUGUUAAACCAGCACCUAUAGAUUUGGAAAAAGGGAAGAAGAAUAAACAGGAGAAAGGGAAAGGAGAAGAAUAAGAUGUCUUCUGUUUCUUGUCAGAACUGACAGUUUUUCAAGUCGUCCAAAAUGUGAUGACAAAAUGCUACAUUGUGCUAUUUAUUUUUCAUCCAUAUAAUGUAACUUGCUUUAAAUAAAUAAUAAAGGAUAAUGUAUGAUUAUGUGAUUACUCCUAUUGCAUCUGUCAAAGGUACAAAAUGAUUUGUAUAAAAAUAUUUUCUUACA